AUGCCCAAAACCGGCAAAAGAGACAUGACAUCCGCAAGGUCAUGGAGACCCAUUGCCCUACUCUCCUGCAUAGGAAAGGGCCUGGAAAGAAUAAUCGCUAAACGGAUAGACUGGACAGCCCUAAAACAUGGCAUUAUCAGCCCUCAGCACAGCAGAGCCCUGCCCAAACGCUCCACAAUGGACUUAGUGGCAUCCUUCACACACAACAUGGAAACUGCACUAGCAGCUGGGAAGAAAGUAACCAUAAUCACUAUAGAUAUACAAGAAGCAUUCGACACACUACUCAAAAGACGACUCCUAGUUAAGAUAACAGAACAAGGCUGGCCUAAAAACCUACUUCUUCUAGUCGACUCCUUUCUAACGAAAAGAAAAGUCAGAGUAAGGUUAGAACAAGCCACAACCAAGGAGCACCCAGUAGCCUGCGGAACCCCACAAGGCUCCCCCCUCUCACCAGUCCUCUACAUACUGUACCUGGCAGAACUAAUAUUGGAAAACACCUCCCUCAGAUUCGGAUACACGGACGACAUAUGCCUAUACAAAGCAUCCAAAACCCUAGAAGAAAACACCAGACUCCUCGCUAGAGACAUUCAAGACAUCAUAAAACACAAGACCGCACAAAGACCCAAACUCGGACAAACGGAGUCCAGCACCCACCUAGACUGGCACAUGACACAAAUCGAGAAGGUCCUCACGAUAGCGACACGAGGAGUCAUCCCGGCCUGGAAAACCACACCGGUAACCACCCUAUACCGCGAAGCAGGACUCCCCUCAGCUAUGGCAACCCUCAAGGAAGCUAAACUGAGGUUUGCCUUACGUCUACAAAGCGUAGACGAAACCCACCCGCUCACGAAAAGGAUUGAACCCCCCAUGAUCAUCAAAAGACGAGGUACGGGCUCAAGACAAAGAGCGAAGACCAAAAUCCAAUGA